AUGUCUUCGGCCCCCGGAGACCCGGCUCCCGGCUCCGUCGACGCAAAAGCUCACAUAGCGGGCCAGGUUAAUAUCUCAAAACACGGCGAUGACUAUUCCGACAGAAGAUAUCUACCUGUUUUCGGAGGCAGCGUGUCGGGCCUGUCUUUGGUCAACAUGCUCGAGAAGUUCAACAUCGAAUAUAUACUCCUCGAGGCACAUUCAAAGAUCGCCCCCCAGCUUGGAGCGAGCAUGGGUCUUCUCCCUGGUGGCUUGCGCAUCCUCGAUCAGCUCGGCUGCUACGACCGCGUGCGGGAAAUAGUCGGAGACUGUUGUUAUUACCAACCGAGCCUUCGUCUCUUUAAUGGGAAGAUAUUGGACAAGGAAAAGCCGAAAACCUUCUCUGAGCAGUUGGAGUACAGGUGUUUCAGAACCGGCUAUCCCCAGAUCUUCAUCGAUCGGCAGAUGCUCCUUCAGAUUCUUUUCGACAACAUCCAGUCCAAGGAUAGAGUGAUGACGCGGAAGCGCGUUGUUCGCGUCGAAACAGCUGAGAAUCACGUCCGCGUCCAUACUCAAGACGGCUGUACUUAUACUGGAGAUAUCGUUGUCGGUGCUGAUGGAGUCCAUAGCGCUGUCAGAAAGGAGAUGUGGCGAAACGGCGUCGAAUCAGAUCUAGGCUCAUUCCGGCCAGACGAGGACAAAGCGCUUGCAGCCGACUCAAAGUGCAUCUUUGGCAUUUCCAAACGGCCAAAGUCCCUUCCUGCUUCUGCUUUGCAAAUCAACGCAUUCUUUGACGGCCGCAACUACAUGAUGCUCUCAGCACCAGGAGAUCGGCUCUAUUGGUUUAUGUUCCAGGAUAUGGACAGAACUACUGGCAGUGAUAUUCCUAGAUUCACAACCGAGGACGAAGUCAAUCUCGCAAAGAAACACUUUGAAGACCAAGUCACAGCGUGCACGACCUUUGGGGACGUGUAUGAGAACCGAUUGCAAACGGCACUCGUCUCUCUUGAGGAGCACGUUUUUUCUCGGUGGUAUUUCCGGAGAAUCAUCACCAUUGGAGACGCAGCUCACAAGGUUCACCCCAACACUGCUCAAGGCGGCAACGGCGCUAUCGAGACGUCUGCAGUUCUUCUGAACACUCUCUUACGGCGAUUAGAUGACACAUCGGAACUGUCAGAACGGGAUAUCGAGGACGUUUUCGCCAAGGUUCAAACCAACCGUUUUGCCCGCGCCGCCAAUGCUCUCGAACAAGGCCGCCACACAUCAUCAUUCUCGACGCGAGAUACGUUUGCCUCGAGAAUUUUCGUACACUAUUUGCUCCCCUGGUUUGGGGAUCGUAUAAUCAUGUGGCUCGCUGUUAAGAACGCCGAGACGGGUCCUGUGAUCGAGCGACUGCCUCUGCCCAAGCGAAACGGCGUCACUCUACCCCACGCUGGUAUCGUUAAGAAACCUCAGAGCUUAAAGGUCGCGUUGGGAUUCGGUGCCUUUGGAGCAACGCUUGUUGCAGUGCUUUUGUACUUUACGAGGGGAUCGACAAGGGCGAUCUCUUUUGCGACAUUGUUUAGAGGGCAUCUCGGGCACCUGUGA